AUGCUCGAUCGAAAUUCUGCCGAGCAAUUAGUUUUAUUGAUUUCAGAUGAUAGAAAUACACUAUCAUCAAUUUACAAGUCUUUUUGUAGCUUCUUGGAAGCUACAAAAGUUCUCUCUUUAACAACUUUAGGUUUCAUGAUGGAAUCAAAUCUCUUAACUUCACAACAAACAGUAAUUUCUCUUUGGAUACUAUAUUCAGAGUCAAGAAAUAGCCCAUUACCCGAAAAUGAAUUCUCAAUUGUAUAUUCAAGUUUAUUUCUUCAAGCAAAAGAAAAUUCGUCCUCAAUUCAUCAAAAUAUUGCUAUAUUAUUACAAAUGAUACUAUCAAAUGAAUCAAUUGACUUCAUUUCCUCAAAAACAGCUUUGUCAUUUUUAUCGAUGAAGCUAAGUCCUCCAAAAUCAACAGAUAUCUACAUAAGCCAAGGCACUGAUCAAAUUUACAGAUCAAUCUUCGUCGUCAAUAAUGAAUUUAAUUUAAAAUCAAAACCAACGUUGACAACAGAUGCUCUUAUUGAAAUCAUGACAUCUCCAAAUCUUUUUUCAGAGCCACAAUUCGGACCAGACAACAUUGCACCUCCAUUAUUCCCAAUACAAACAGAUGAAUUAAGUUCAACUUAUAUAGCUGAUUAUGAUCCACCAUUUCUGUUCGAUGACGCUCCAAAGUCAAUGAUAUACGAGCCAGUUGAAUCAAUCAUUAUCAGGAUGAAUGUUGACAAAUUAAAAAGAAGAGAAGCAGAUAUUGUUCUUGAAGCCAUUAAAACAAAUCUUUCUCUCGUUAGAUUUCUUUGGGAUGAUAAAAUUAGAGCUCAAGACUUUAUAGAAAUCAAUAAAUCUGCUGCAAGCAAAAUUUAUUGCUAUAUUUCAUCAAUUGACCAAUCAAUAUUCGAUACAUUACUUGUCUUUGAAGUUACAAGACCAGUUAUGUCAGUAAUUCGCGAUAUGAUUUUGGAAGGAAAUUUCCCUUCAAAUUUUGUUGAAAAUAUGACAGAUGUUAUUCUUGAAAAGCUGAAAAAGUCAGAUAAGAAGGAAUUACUGGAAACUAGAGCUUCAGCGUUCUUUGGAAUGAUGUGUGAACUUAUUUCUCAAAAAGUUUCUUUCAGUGAUUACGUAAUUGGAGAAAUUAGAGAUUUCCUCGAAGAAGGAAAGGUUAAUGAUGUCGUCGAAGCUCAAGAUCUCUUUACUUUCUUAACUGAAACAUAA